ACGCGGGCGCGCGCGAGCAUACGCGGAGCCCCCGGUUGCCUAUUGCGAGCGCAUUUACGCAGCCCUCGCAGCUUCACGUCACGCCGACUGGAGCUUCUUCCAAAUGUUUCGUAGGACUGCAAACACAUCCAAAUGUCGAAGAUGUGGAGGUGAUUCUGAGUGGGAGAGCUUUGGGUCUCACACAAACAAGCGUCAAGCAGUGAUGAGCUGCUCUUAAGAUGCUCUCUUGAAGCCGUGGCGGAGAGGAUCACAGCUCGCGUUCAAAGCCCAGCCUUCGAAGCCUGUCAGUUUUCAGGUAGUCGGGAGAGCAAAAAGAAAUGAUUCGGACUUUGUUGGAAACAGAAAGGACAAGUGGCGUAUUUCUAACCGGGAUGGGGAUUUUCUCUCACAGCGCGCGUUUGCCUCACAUCGCCGGCAUUUUAUGGAUAUAGCCUACGAAGAAGGAAUUUUUUCCCAAUUUUUUUUUCUUUUCUUUCUUUUUUUUCUUAAACUGAAGUGCCCUUCCCGAGUAGUUCACGACUGGCCGUUACGUUGCUUCAUUCAUUCAUUCAUUAAUUCAUUCAUUCAUCCGUUCAUACAUUCAUCCAGCGCCUGCUCUCUUUGGGCACGAAGAAACGCGGUGUAGCACUUAAAGAGUGUUGCAGCUCAACAUCAUCACCGAAAAGAAAUCUUUCUCCAGGAUAAACAGCAUCUUUCCCAGGGAAGAUACACAACCAGAGAAGAAGGCAUUGGCACAGGCUUUUUCCAUGAUAUGAGAUGCUACAUUGAAGCUACUACUAGUCAAUCAAGAUUGAGUAAAGUUUCCUGGCUUCGGAGAUAAAAGGUGGCUGUGAGAAGGGGCAUCCCCGGGCCAGGACCCAUGAGGAGGCAUAGAAGAUGCUCGCACCCUGGGCGCCUUUGCUCUUCUUAGCAAUGUGGGUGAGAAGUGCCACCAGUGGGCCGCUCUCUUUCAGAUUAGCUGCAAUCCUCGAUGAUCCAAUGGAGUGCAGCCGGGGGGAGCGCUUGGCCAUCACGCUGGCAAAAGACAGCAUCAACCGUUCCAGCAACCGCUCUACCACAGGCAAGCUGGAGGUGGACAUCUUCGAGUUGCUCCGAGACAGUGAAUAUGAGACUGGAGAGACCAUGUGCCAGAUCAUGUCGAAGGGGGUGGUGGCAGUCUUGGGCCCCUCCGCCAGCCCGGCUUCCAACUCCAUCAUCAGCAAUAUCUGUGGAGAGAAAGAGGUGCCAUACGUGAAGGUGGCCCCGGAGGACAUACUGAAGGUGCAGUUCCCUCGUUUCACCACGCUAGACCUCAGACCCACCAACACUGACAUCAGCCUGGCUGUAGCUGGCCUCCUCACCUUCUUCAACAGCACCACAUCCUGCCUCAUCUGUGCUCAGGCCAACUGCCUAUUAAACCUGGAAGUGUUACUGCGACAAUUUCUCAUUUCCAAGGAAACACUCUCUGUUCGCAUGCUGGAUGACAGCCAAGACCCUACUCCCCUCCUCAAAGAGAUUCGAGAUGACAAGACUGCCACCAUCAUCGUCGACGCCAACGCCACCAUGUCCCACAGCAUCCUGGAAAGGGCAUCAGAGUUAGGGAUGCUUUCUAUCUACUACACCUACAUCUUCACCUCGCUGGAAUUUUCUCUGCUGCGACUGGAUGACGUAGCUGAUCAACGAGUGAACAUCAUUGGGUUCUCCGUCUUCAACAGAACGCACCCCUUCUUUCAAGAUUUCCUUCUCAGCCUCAACCGCUCCUGGCAGGAGAACUGUGAUCACGCUCCUUUUGCUGGCACGCCGCUCUCAUCAGCUCUGCUGUUUGAUGCCGUACACACAGUAGUCGCAGCCGUGCAGGAGCUGAACCGCAGCCAGAACGUGGGGGCAACUCAGCUCUCUUGCAAGUCCUCAAAGAUCUGGGAACAUGGCACCAGCCUGAUGAACUACUUGAGGAUGGUAGAAUUGGAAGGUCUAACAGGCCACAUCGAGUUCAACAGCAGGGGUCAGCGUUCUAACUAUGCCCUGCGCAUCAUGCAGAACAGCAGGGACGGCCUAAGGCAGAUCGGUCAGUGGCAUUCGGAGCAGGGGCUGUCUAUGGAGAAAAAGCUUCCCUCACUUAAUGUCACAGACACACUCUUCAACACCACACUGAUCAUCACAACUAUCCUGGAAAAUCCGUACGUGAUGCUGAGAGCCAACUACCAGGAGCUGGAGGGGAACGAGCGCUACGAGGGCUUUUGUGUGGAUAUGCUGAAGGAGCUGGCCGACAUCCUGAAGUUCAACUACCGCAUUAAGCUGGUGAGCGACGGCGUGUACGGUGUCCCGGGUGCCAACGGAACCUGGACGGGAAUGGUGGGAGAGCUCAUCGCCAGGAAAGCUGAUCUCGCCGUGGCCGGCCUGACCAUCACAGCUGAAAGAGAGAAGGUCAUUGAUUUCUCCAAGCCCUUCAUGACACUGGGGAUUAGUAUCAUGUACCGAGUGCACUUGGGAAGAAGACCGGGGUAUUUUUCCUUCCUGGAUCCCUUCUCUCCAGGGGUCUGGCUCUUCAUGCUGCUGGCAUAUCUAGCAGUUAGCUGUGUGCUCUUUCUGGUAGCCAGGUUGACCCCGUACGAAUGGUACAAUCCACACCCCUGCCUGAAGGGACGCUGUAGUCUCCUCAUUAAUCAGUACUCUCUGGGGAACAGUUUCUGGUUCCCAGUAGGGGGGUUCAUGCAGCAAGGUUCCACCAUUGCUCCACGAGCUCUCUCUACACGUUGUGUUAGCGGAGUAUGGUGGGCCUUCACCCUUAUCAUCAUCUCUUCCUACACGGCCAACCUGGCUGCCUUCCUCACUGUCCAGAGGAUGGACGUUCCCAUCGAGUCCGUGGACGACCUGGCAGAUCAGACAGCUAUCGAGUACGGCACCAUGCACGGUGGCUCCACCAUGACCUUCUUCCAGAACUCGCGUUACCAGACGUACCAACGCAUGUGGAACUUCAUGCACUCCAAGCAGCCCAGUGUGUUUGUGAAGAGCACAGAGGAGGGCAUCGCCCGGGUACUGAACUCCAAUUAUGCGUACCUACUAGAGAGCACCAUGAACGAGUACUAUCGCCAACGCAACUGCAACCUCACGCAGAUCGGAGGCCUGCUGGACACCAAGGGCUAUGGCAUUGGAAUGCCUCUGGGCUCUGUGUACCGGGACGAGUUUGACUUGGCCAUCCUCAGACUGCAGGAAGAGAACCGGUUGGAGAUCCUGAAAAGAAAAUGGUGGGACGGUGGGAAAUGCCCAAAAGAGGAGGACCAUCGAGCCAAAGGACUUGGCAUGGAGAAUAUCGGCGGGAUCUUUGUAGUCCUGGUGUGUGGCCUCUUAAUUGCUAUCUUCAUGGCAGUCUUGGAGUUUGUAUGGAUGCUGCGUCACACUCCAGGAACAGAGUUGUCAGUGUGUGAGGAGAUGCUGCGGGAGCUGCAAGGCAUCGUACUGUGUCAGGACAGCCUCCAACUGCGACGGAGACGUAGCGGUGGCCCCAGCUCUCUGCGCCCGCAUCCUCUACCGGCGGAGGACAGACGUGCCCGGCCCACAGGGACCGGCCUCAGCAACGGCAGGUUGUGCGCAGGGACCGGACUGUCAGAGCCGCUCUCCCACAAACUGGCGCAGGAGGCGGCCAUCGUCGCACGCAGUUGCAGCCACAUCCGCAUCUGCCCCGAGUGCAGACGCUUCCAGGGGCUGCGCGUGCAUCCACCAGGGACCCCACGGGCAUCGCCCACUCACAGUGAUGAUAGCUUCGAGUGGGACAAGACCACCAACAGCAGUGAACCUGAAUAACACACUCUGCUGGCUUUACACAAAACUGAACAAGGAUCGAGGAACAGAUAAACUCGUAAAUAUCAGACCUACGAUCUGCAGAAGUGUUUAUAUUUCCGAAAGCUGGAAUCUCUGUAUACACUGCCCUCUCCAUCAUCUGCCCUGAAUAGCAUUUUGCAGCAAACAAAAGGGGGCUUUGUACUAUGCAGUAUUUUUUUUUUUUUUGUCUUACCGUGCUGUUGAUUUUACUUUAAAUUAUUAUUCUUUUUUCUCUGGGUUGUGAGAUUACAGUUGUACUAUCACUAGAUUGCGAUUGCUAUUUUCUCCUUCACACAAUGACCCUGACUACAGCUUUUAUUUUCUUCAACCAGCAGAGAGGCAUUCCUUACUGACGCUGACCACAGGGAACGAAGACUCACCAAGACUUUUUCACAUCGUCACAUUCUCAAAGCAUUUUUUUUAAAGUGCCAAAUAAACCUAGUAUUGAUUUUUUUUUUUUUUCUUUUCUUUUGUCCCAGAUCAUGGCCUUGAGGAUACGACUGCGACGAGAACUGAACACAACACCAUGAUGAUAUCUUUUUAACUAUAGUGAUAUUCUAUUAAAAACAAAAAACACACACAAAAAAAAAGAAGAUUUUAAAGAUAGAUAGCUUUGAUAUGCACGCGUGAAGGCUUCGUUUGAGAGGAGAGAAAUGUUUCCUUUUUGUUUUCUGUUAUCUCGUGCGUCAGAUUUGGAAACCCUUCUCAGCAACGUUUGUAAAGGCUUUAGCGUGUUAUCGGAAGAGGUUUCGGUUGUGUCGAUCGUUUCUGGUUGUUCAAGCAUGAGACUGUAGAAUUAUAUGAUUCUGUUUGACAUAAGACUGGUUCUGGGAAUAUUUGCCUUACAAGUGUAGUUCUAAGGGUUUAGAAGAAGUAAAAAAAAAAAUCAUUCCCAUGUUCAUAUUUCUCUGGUCUAAAAUGGAGAGAGUGAGUUAGCGUUAUAUCAGCAGCUGAAAAUCUAAAUUCACACAAGCUGAAGUUCAACUACGAGUCUCGACAGAGUUGCAGCAGGUAACACACCUGACAUGAAAGGUGUCUCUGAGCUAGAGAGUGUACAGCGUACACGGUGUGAAUGGAAGUAUUUUUUAGUAGCACAAAACAGGAACGAGGUGUCAUGAGAAGAGAGCGAGAGAGAGCGAGAGAGAGAGAGAGAGAGAGAGAGCACUCUGAGAAUGCGGAAAGGUCUUGUGAGAGGUUUGUCAUGCUCCUCAUUCCUCCGAGUAAAUAUCUAAAAUAAAACACCAAGGCUUUUAAAUAAAACCAACAUCUCUUCACAUAUUUCUUCCACAUCCAUGAUCAUGAUCAUCAUCAUCAUCAUCAUUAUCAAUACACCCUAUGGUCAAAAGUAUGUGGACACCCGAUUCCUCCCCAACAUCCUUCUUCCCCAGACUGUUUCCCCAGAGUGUGUUGUAGCACUACAAUUUCCCUUCACAGGAACUAAGAGACUCAGACCUGUUCCAGCAUGGCAGUGUGCAAAGCACAGAGCUCCGUGAAGACAGGCCUCGCUGAGGUUGGAGUGUCCUGCACUGAUCCCUGACUCAACCCCACUAAACACCUUUGGGAUGAACUGGAACGCCGACUGAACCCCAGACCUCCUCACCUGACAUCCGUGCCUGAUCUCACUAAUGUGUUUGCUUCUGAAUGAUCACAAGUCACCACAGUCACACGAACAUCUCGUUAUUACAGAGGAGGAUAUUAAAAUAGAAUAGGAUGUUUAAUAAGCAGGUGUGUAUAUGUGUCCACAAACUUUUGGCUUUAUAGUAUAUGUUUAAAGCAAUGCCAAAAGAAACACUUAACAAUUAGUUAACAAAAGCCAGUCAAAUCUGGGUCACACUGAACCUAAUGCUAGUGUUUAUAAAUCUCUGACGUCUCUCGUGUCAGUGCAAAUCUAUUUAUUUACACAGACAGAUAUUAGCUGUCCUGAACUGAUUUUUCAUAACAUUUGAGUCAUGUGAUGUUUUUUGUGCUGUGUGUUAUAAAAUAUUUUUUCAAGGUUGACUCACACUGGGAUGCUAUAACUGGUACCUCUGUGCACUUCUGGUAUGUGAGAGUCAUCCAUCCAUCCAUCUGUCCAUCUAUCCAUCUGUCCAUCCAGCUAUCCAUUCAUUCGUCUAUUAAUCCAUCCAUCUAUCCAUCCAGCUAUCCAUCCAUCCAUCAAUCGAUCCAUCCAUUCAUCCCUCCAUUCCUCCAUUCAAAAUCAGUCCAUCCAUACAUACAUUCAUCCAUCUAUUCAUCCAUCCCUCUAUCCAUCCAUCCAUCCAUCCAUCAAUUUAGCCAUCCAUCCUUCCAUCAAUUCAGUCAUCCAUUCAUCAAUUAUUCCAUCCAUUCAUCCAUCCAUCCAUCCAUCUAUUUUCUGAACUGGUUAUCCUACAGAGAGUCACAGAGAGCCUGGAGUGUAUCCGAGGGGACGCAGGGCACAAGGUGGUGGACACCCUGGAUGGGGUGCCAACUCCUCACAGGGCACAAUCACACACCCAUACACACACUAUAGAUAGUUUUAGAGAUGCCACUCAGUUUAAAGUCCAGGUCUUUAGACUGAAGAGUAUCUGGAGGAAACCCCCAAAGCACGGGGAGAACACACAAACUCCACAGACAAUGUGGAUCACAAAUCAAACCCAAGAACCUGUGGCCAGGUGUGCAAACCAAUAAGACAUCAUCCGUCAUUUCAGAGUCAUAUACUGGAAAUAAUGUGAUCCAAACCAGCUCCAGUUGAGGGCCAGAGAAAGUAUACAUAACAUAGCAUUAACAUCACAUGUUGCCAUAAGUGAUGAAAAAAUCCUAAAAAGCUACAUUUAAGAAACUGUUCCUGGUUUAUCCUAAAUAUCCAUACACACAGAAAUGAGAAGCAGACUUAGCAAACUUUACCCACAUAGCCACUGGAUUAUCUAUAAUAAUCUGCUAACAGUGAUCAGGUGGGACAUUAUCCCUCUAACUAAAGACUCUGAUGCAGCAGCACUUUAAUUCAAUUCAAUUCAAUUCAAUUUUAUUUGUAUAGCGCUUUUAACAAAGAGCAUUGUCUCAAAGCAGCUUUACAUGAGAAACGACAUAAGAAAACAACAAACAUAUAAACAGACAGACAGUCCUAGAUGUUAUCCCAAGUGAGCAAGCCUGAGGUGACUGAGGCGACUGUGGCAAGGAAAAACUCACUUAGAAGGUAUGAGGAAGAAACCUUGAGAGGAACCAGAUUCAAAAGGGAACCCAUCCUCAUUUGGGUGACAACUGUGUGAUGCAGAUACAGCAUGUGUAUAGUGUUAUGUAAAUCAAUAAGGAGGUUGUUGUCUACAGCGCUGCUUUGAAUACCCCAAUCCUCACAAAGCAGAACCCGGCUGGAGCUGGUCCAUCUCCGGAUGCCACUGGAGCCGGCACAGUCUCUGUAUGCCUCGGGAUGGGUAGAAGAAGGGAAAACAAUGGAACAGCAUUAGCGUAGCUGCUGUUCAUAAUAUUAGCAGUACUACAUGAUAAUGUGCAUUUAAUCAGAUAUACUGGAGCACAAGGUUAUGGGAUGUGUUAAAUGUAUACCAGGCUAAAGAGAUAAGUCUUUAGUCUACAUUUAAACUGGGAGAAUGUGUCUGAGCCCCGAACACUGUCAGGAAGACUAUUCCAAAUUUUAGGAGCUAAAUAUGAAAAUGCUCUACCCCCUUUUGUGGACUUUAAUAUUCUGGGAACUACUAGAAGUCCGGAAUUUUGUGAUCUUAAAGAGCGUGGGGGAUUGUAACGUGUUAGAAGACUGGCUAGAUACAUGGGAGCUAAACCAUUUAGAGCCUUGAACGUAAGUAGUGCUAUUUUAUAGUCUUAACAGGUAACCAGUGCAGGGAUGAUAAUAUUGGGGUUAUAUGAUCAUAUUUUCUUGACCUGGUAAGAACUCUGGCAGCUGCAUUCUGGACUACCUGUAGCUUGUUUAGUGAAGAUGCAGGACAGAUUUUAGUCCUUGAGUCUGUCCAACUCUCACCUCCUUCAAACAGAUCAGACUCUUCAUCCUUCAUGCUAACACCAUCAUCAACCACUUAGUGUCUCUAUUAAUUCUCCAUUUCGGUUCUCAUUAACAUCAGUGAACCUUGCUGGAACAGAAACUCUUCUGGUUUUUGGAGGGAACAGAGUAACACCAGUGUUAGCCGUUAUGUUUGAUGUUUUUUUCUCCCUCCAGUUAGUCAUCACUGUAACGAUGCUAGCCGUAUCUCCGGGUGACAUCGCUGUGCCCCCGAGACUGCUAAUGUGUCAUGGAAUUAAUGACAGGAGAGCGUCAACUAGCACAUUAGCACCAGAAUCAUUAAGCACAACACAAAUAUCUCAAUCCAAACCGAAUUAUUGUGUUUCAGGGUGGAAUUUUCCUCUAAGGGUUAUAAAGAGAUUUGUGCUGGUCUGAGAUGUUGCUGUGGCUGAAUCGU